CGUAACCUUAACAGACGCCCAAUGGUGAGUUUGGUUGAGUUCAUUUGUUUUUUGGUGGGUAUAACGGCCAACAGUCAAGCAACACAAUCUCAGGGAUUGGAGAUGCUUCCAAAUGCUAUAGCAAUAUAUGCCCUUAUUUGCCGGUCCUGAAGAUUAGAGUUUUGAGAGAUUUUACUUCCCAAUUCAUAGUUUUAGAUCUAAGCUGAACAUGGAAGGACAUCGUACCUGCAAGAAUUGUGGAUCCAAUUCCAUUUAUUCAGAUAUUAGCACAGGCGAUGUGGUUUGCAGAUCAUGUGAUGUUGUUCAAGACUUUGACAAUUUCCAGGCCCAUAUUGGAGGCAUCAAUGGGCCUGUUGGCACCUAUGUUCAUGUCGGUACCACGGGUACUGGAAAUUGGUAUAGUUAUAGAGAGACAAAGAUUUACGAAGCGAAGAAGGUGAUUGAUGAUUUGAUGUACAAGUUUGGAAUUACAGAAAAGAAAGCAGAUGAUGUUAGCAUUAUGAUUAGGACAAUCACGGAGGACGAAUACGGUCAAGGGAGGUGGUUUUCUGUGCUAAUCGGUGCUUGCUCUUACAUUGUCAUGAGGAUGGAUUCGAAGGUCUUGCCGAUGGAAGAGGCCGCGAAUACGGUAGGGUGUGAUGUUUUCGAAAUGGGUAGAAUGGUCAACCGCGUUGUCGACUUUCUCGAUCUGGAAUUGCCAGAGCUGAGCAUUGUCAACUGGUUCGAAAAGGCAAUCAGAAACAGUUCGAGGUUAAGGGAUGUUUCCGAGGAUACAAUCUCGAGGAUGUUGAAACAAGGGACACUUCUGCUACAGUGUUUGGUCAACUGGUUCGUGACAACGGGCAGGAGGCCAAUGCCCGUUGUUGCAGCCGUGCUUGUGUUCGUCGCAGAGCUGAAUGGAAUCACAGUUCGGCUUGGUGAUGUGGCAAAUGAGUUGCACGUGGCGCUCAAGACUUGUAAGUUGAGGCAUAAAGAACUUCUUGAGAGGCUUGUUCAGGUUGCCCAAGCCACAUUGCCGUGGGGAAAGGAUGUUAACAUGAAGAACAUAAUGAGAAAUGCUCCGUCCGUGAUUCAAUAUAUCGAGUUGAAGUCAAUGUCAAACCAGAAUGGAAAAUGUGGAGAGAAUUGUGAUUUGAGUUUCUUGGUUGAUGACUGCCUAACCGAGGAAAAUUCGUACUGGUACGACGAACAUGAACCCGAGAAAGAUUCCCAGUAUUUCCAAGCUAAAAAAGUUGACAUUCCGGAAAGAUUCCCACUUUCUGCAGAAUCGUUUUCCACGAUUUAUUCAGAAGCAAAGAAUGCGAUGUCUGUGGCUAAGGCAGGCCCCACCGCGAGUACACGGAGAAGGACGAGAGAGGAAUACGACAGUUUUACGUCGACGGGCUGGUGGAGCGGCGAAUCAGACCUGAGUAAAGAGCUUCUUCUGAAGCAAAUAUUGGAAAAGAACUUGGGGAUAAAUGCCAUGCCUCCUUCAUUUGACAAUGGCUGUUUGGUGACUGAGAGGAGAAGAGCAAAGAUAAACGCGGCUAAGCUGAGGAUUCAUCGGACUAUGUGUGGUCGUCCUUCGGCUUCUGGGGAUGAAAACACCACUUAUGAUCGCAUUGUGGUUGAUAAAGAAGAAGUAAAGAAGAUGAAAAGAAAGAGGAAAGGGGGAUUUUGUUUGGACUGGGAGGAUUUCAUCAUUGAAACUCUUCUUCUUCAUAAGGUUAGAGAAGAAGAGAUUGAGAAGGGGCAUUAUAAGGCUUUGCUGGGCUUGCAUGUUUUCAAUGGCGGCUGUUCAUGAUGACACAGAUUACAUUGUGGGUUACAGGAAAUUGUGGCAGAAGGCUCCAAGUAGGCUUGGACAAACAAGCAAGAAUAUGGUGUCAUAUUGAAUGAAGGGAUACUAGAUCAUGUGGCUUUGCUCAUUACCUUCCUGGAUAUUCAAAAGCUCAUGGGUCCCUUUGGGUUUUGUGAUCACCAAAUUGAAUCUACACACAACUGAUCUGUAUUAAACACAAAUGGGGUGAGGUUGGAGAAAGUCAGAAAGUGGCUGAAGUGUUUGUUGAGCAUUUCAUGGAUGUGCUCGGGAAAAUAUCCAGAACGCCACUGGUUGGAAGUUCCUUGAGGUCUAAAUCGUUAUUAGUCCUCAAUUGUCAAUGGAAGUUCCUUAUGUCCAUUGCCUAUGAAGCUAAAAAAAAGUCGUUUUUGACAAUUUUUUAGUUUCGGACACAAUGGACUAAAUGAAAAAUGAUAAAUUAAAGUUUCCUUGUUUUUCAACCUCUAUGAAGUUUUUGGGCAGUAAAUGCAUCAAUGCAUUUAGGUAACAUAAGCAUCUUGACCCUU